CUCGUAGUCCAGAAACUGCAGCCAUGACCACCCACGUCACCCUGGAAGAUGCACUGUCCAACGUGGACCUGCUGGAGGAGCUGCCCCUCCCCGACCAGCAGCCAUGCAUCGAGCCUCCACCUUCCUCCAUCAUGUACCAGGCUAACUUUGACACAAACUUCGAGGACAGGAAUGCAUUUGUCACAGGCAUUGCAAGGUACAUUGAGCAGGCUACAGUCCACUCCAGCAUGAAUGAAAUGCUAGAGGAAGGACACGAGUAUGCAGUUAUGCUGUACACCUGGCGCAGCUGUUCCCGGGCCAUCCCCCAGGUGAAAUGCAACGAGCAGCCCAACCGUGUGGAGAUCUAUGAGAAGACGGUGGAGGUGCUGGAGCCAGAGGUCACCAAGCUCAUGAAGUUCAUGUACUUUCAGCGCAAGGCCAUCGAGCGGUUCUGCAGUGAGGUGAAGCGGCUGUGCCAUGCUGAGCGUAGGAAGGACUUCGUCUCUGAGGCCUACCUCCUGACCCUGGGCAAGUUCAUCAACAUGUUCGCAGUCUUGGACGAGCUGAAGAAUAUGAAGUGCAGCGUCAAGAACGACCACUCUGCCUACAAGAGGGCCGCACAGUUCUUAAGGAAGAUGGCGGAUCCCCAGUCUAUCCAGGAGUCACAGAACCUUUCCAUGUUCCUGGCCAACCACAACAGGAUCACCCAGUGUCUCCAUCAGCAACUGGAAGUGAUCCCCGGCUACGAGGAGCUGCUGGCCGACAUUGUCAACAUCUGCGUGGAUUACUAUGAGAACAAGAUGUAUCUGACCCCCAGUGAGAAGCACAUGCUCCUCAAGGUAAUGGGUUUUGGUCUCUACCUGAUGGAUGGAAAUGUCAGUAACAUUUACAAACUGGAUGCCAAGAAGAGAAUCAACCUCAGCAAAAUCGAUAAAUUCUUUAAGCAGCUGCAGGUGGUGCCCCUUUUCGGCGACAUGCAGAUAGAGCUGGCCAGAUACAUUAAGACCAGUGCUCACUAUGAAGAGAACAAGUCCAAGUGGACGUGCACCCAGAGCAGUAUCAGCCCUCAGUACAACAUCUGCGAGCAGAUGGUUCAGAUCCGGGAUGACCACAUCCGCUUCAUCUCUGAACUCGCUCGCUACAGCAACAGUGAGGUGGUGACAGGCUCCGGGCUGGACAGCCAGAAGUCGGAUGAGGAGUACCGUGAGCUCUUCGACCUGGCCCUGCGGGGCCUGCAGCUUUUAUCCAAGUGGAGCGCCCAUGUCAUGGAGGUGUACUCCUGGAAGCUGGUUCACCCCACGGACAAGUUCUGUAACAAGGACUGCCCUGGCACGGCGGAGGAGUACGAGAGGGCCACGCGCUACAACUACACCAGCGAGGAGAAGUUCGCCUUCGUGGAGGUGAUCGCCAUGAUCAAAGGCCUGCAGGUGCUCAUGGGCAGGAUGGAGAGCGUCUUCAACCAGGCCAUAAGGAACACCAUCUACGCGGCUCUGCAGGACUUCGCUCAGGUGACACUGCGUGAGCCCUUGCGGCAGGCGGUGCGGAAGAAGAAGAACGUCCUUAUCAGUGUCCUGCAGGCCAUUCGAAAAACCAUCUGUGACUGGGAGGGGGGUCGAGAGCCCCCCAAUGACCCAUGCUUGAGAGGGGAGAAGGAUCCCAAAGGCGGAUUUGACAUCAAGGUGCCUCGGCGUGCUGUGGGGCCCUCCAGCACACAGCUGUACAUGGUGCGGACCAUGCUCGAGUCGCUCAUCGCAGACAAGAGCGGCUCCAAGAAGACCCUGAGGAGCAGCCUGGAUGGCCCCAUCGUCCUCGCCAUCGAGGACUUCCACAAGCAGUCCUUCUUCUUCACACACCUGCUCAACAUCAGCGAAGCCCUGCAGCAGUGUUGUGACCUCUCCCAGCUCUGGUUCCGAGAAUUCUUCCUGGAGUUAACCAUGGGCCGGCGAAUCCAGUUCCCUAUCGAGAUGUCCAUGCCCUGGAUUCUCACAGACCAUAUCCUGGAAACCAAAGAACCUUCCAUGAUGGAGUACGUGCUCUACCCGUUGGAUCUGUACAAUGACAGCGCCUACUAUGCUCUGACCAAGUUUAAAAAGCAGUUCCUGUAUGAUGAGAUCGAAGCCGAGGUGAACCUGUGUUUCGAUCAGUUUGUCUACAAGCUGGCAGACCAGAUCUUUGCUUACUACAAAGCCAUGGCUGGCAGGUAUAAGAGCCCAGGGAUUUUUGUUACAAAGCCUCCCUUCUUUACUCUUCUCUCUCUCUCUUCCAUCCAGCUCCUGGGUAGAUCGAUUGACUUGAACAGACUCAUUACCCAGCGCAUCUCUGCUGCCAUGUAUAAAUCCUUGGACCAGGCCAUCAGCCGCUUUGAGAGUGAGGACCUGACCUCCAUUGUGGAGCUGGAGUGGCUGCUGGAGAUCAACCGGCUCACGCACCGGCUGCUGUGUAAGCACAUGACCCUGGACAGCUUCGACGCCAUGUUCCGGGAGGCCAACCACAACGUGUCCGCCCCCUACGGCCGCAUCACCCUGCACGUCUUCUGGGAGCUGAACUUCGACUUCCUCCCCAACUACUGCUACAAUGGGUCCACCAACCGUUUUGUCCGGACUGCCAUUCCUUUCACUCAAGAACCGCAAAGAGAUAAACCUGCCAACGUCCAGCCUUAUUACCUCUAUGGGUCCAAGCCUCUCAACAUCGCCUACAGCCACAUCUACAGCUCCUACAGGAACUUCGUGGGGCCCCCUCACUUCAAGACCAUCUGCAGACUCCUGGGUUACCAGGGCAUUGCCGUGGUCAUGGAGGAGCUGCUGAAGAUAGUCAAGAGCUUGCUCCAAGGAACCAUUCUCCAGUAUGUGAAAACACUGAUCGAAGUGAUGCCCAAGAUAUGCCGCUUGCCCCGGCAUGAGUAUGGCUCCCCAGGCAUCCUGGAGUUCUUCCACCACCAGCUGAAGGACAUCAUCGAGUACGCGGAGCUCAAGACAGACGUGUUCCAGAGCCUGAGGGAAGUGGGCAACGCCAUCCUGUUCUGCCUGCUCAUAGAGCAGGCCCUGUCUCAGGAGGAAGUCUGUGAUUUGCUCCAUGCUGCACCCUUCCAAAAUAUCUUGCCAAGAGUCUACAUCAAAGAGGGGGAGCGUUUGGAGGUUCGGAUGAAACGCCUGGAAGCCAAGUAUGCCCCGCUUCACCUGGUCCCUCUGAUAGAGCGGCUGGGGACCCCUCAGCAAAUCGCCAUCGCUCGGGAGGGUGACCUGCUGACCAAGGAGCGGCUGUGCUGCGGCCUGUCCAUGUUCGAGGUCAUCCUGACCCGCAUUCGAAGCUACCUGCAGGACCCCAUCUGGCGGGGCCCGCCACCCACCAACGGCGUCAUGCACGUUGACGAGUGCGUGGAAUUCCACCGGCUGUGGAGUGCCAUGCAGUUUGUCUACUGCAUCCCCGUGGGGACCAACGAGUUCACAGCUGAGCAAUGCUUUGGCGACGGCUUGAACUGGGCUGGCUGCUCCAUCAUCGUCCUGCUGGGCCAGCAGCGUCGCUUCGACCUGUUCGACUUCUGUUACCACCUGCUGAAAGUGCAGAGGCAGGACGGGAAGGACGAAAUCAUUAAGAAUGUGCCCCUGAAGAAAAUGGCAGACAGGAUCAGGAAGUACCAGAUUUUGAACAAUGAGGUUUUUGCCAUCCUGAACAAGUACAUGAAGUCCGUGGAGACAGACAGUUCGACCGUGGAGCAUGUGCGCUGCUUCCAGCCACCCAUCCACCAGUCCCUGGCCACCACCUGCUAGGCAGAAGGUCCUGCAAACCCUCAAUCUGGAGGAGAGGAAGCAGCAGGAGAGAGAAAGCCACGGCCAGCCCUGCAACAGGGUCUGACUGGACAAUGUAUGAAUGGACCUGGAAGCAAAUGAGAACCUCCCCAAACACAUCUGCACCUCCCAAGGGCUGGGCCUGUGCAUGCUCUCCCAUGUCAUCCCUGUGGUGGUUUUUCCCUAGUGUAAAUGAAAACAAAACAAAACAAAACAAAAAACA